AAACCAGGAGACUGCACCAUGGCAGGGAAGCCCAAGCUUCACUACUUCAACAUGAGAGGCAGAAUGGAGUCCAUCCGGUGGCUCCUGGCUGCAGCUGGAGUAGAGUUUGAAGAGAAGUUUAUAGACACUCCAGACGACUUGGAAAAAUCAAAAAAGGAUGGUUGUCUGAUGUUCCAACAAGUGCCAAUGGUCGAAAUUGAUGGGAUGAAUCUGGUGCAGAGCAGAGCCAUUCUCAACUACAUUGCCGCCAAAUACAACCUCUAUGGGAAAGACAUAAAGGAGAGAGCCCUGAUUGAUAUGUACAUAGAAGGUGUGGCAGAUUUGAAUGAAAUGAUCAUGCUUUUGCCCGGAUGCCCACGUGAUCAAAAAGAUGCCAAGAUUACCCAGAUCAAAGAGAAAACAACAAAUCGUUAUUUCCCCGCAUUUGAGAAAGUGUUGAAGAGCCACGGACAAGACUACCUGGUUGGCAACACGCUGAGCAGGGCUGACAUUCAGCUGGUUGAACUUCUCUACUCUGUCGAAGAGCUUGACCCCAGCCUUCUGGCCAACUUCCCUCUGCUGAAGGCCCUGAAAACCAGGAUCAGCAACCUCCCCACUGUGAAGAAGUUUCUGCAGCCUGGCAGCCAGAGGAAGCCUCCACUGGAUGAGAAAGCUAUAGAAGAAGCAAGGAAGGUUUGGAAGUUUUAAUAGAGCAGGCAUGGCUCCCAGCACAUGCAGUACCAAUCUUCUGAAAUUUUCCAGCAAUGAAGUGGUUGACCUAAAUGUAGAUCCUGGCUAUCGCGUGACUAAUAAACUAUUCUGAAGUUUAAAUGCUAAUUUUAUUAAAAAUCAACUACGCAGAUUUAGUUGCAAAGCAAUCUAUUUUGUUUUGAUCAAAUAUGAAAUUAUGAUUUCCUUCUAGGAUGUCUGUUGGUCUCAAGAAUAAAUAAA